AUGCGAAAAGCCCUCGGGUGCGCGCAUACGCCGCUGCUGAUCACCACGCGGCACAAGCAAGCAUGGGUUCAUAAAUGGCCUCGGUUUAAGCGAUGGCAAGAAUUGGAGAAGGAAAUGAAAGACGAUUACGAACAAAAACAACGUAUGAAGGGCUUCAUCCGCUUUCCGACUGGAAUGUAUCUAACCCCGGAGCGUCCUGAGGAUGUUGCUCCCAAAAAAGAUUUGGCGGACAUGACGCGAAAGGAAACCGGAGCGUUCCCCAUUGAUCUCCACACGAACCACACACAGAUGCGGUAUUUGGACCACUCUGUUGACAACGUCCGUCGCUUCAAGCGCUAUACUCAUUUUCAAGGAUUACAAUAUGAUCAAAGGAUGAUUCCCGAGCGCCUCCUUUUUCUCGGUGCUGAUCUGGCGGCUGCUCACUUUUUGGUGCAUCGCGGUGCAGCUGUAAAAUUUCUCGGCGAUGAUCUCUGGUACAAAAGAAAUAAGAAGGGUUACAGCCUGCCUGGCAGAAAAGUUCCUGGCUUGUACAUCGAAGCUAUUGAUGCAUCUGGAACGGAGCUUAUGUUUGAAGGGUUUGAAAACUUGCACGAUCUGAAACAUUUGCGCAUGUUGCGCUUGGCUAACUGCGAAUACGUUGAUGAUUGGGUCAUGAGCAAAAUCGCAGGCUGUAUGCCAGAGUUGGAAAUGCUGGACCUUUCCGGUUGUGACCGGAUUAGUGCAAAAGGGCUAAUGGGUUUGAAAAAUCUGAAGAUGUUAAAAUAUCUACGACUGGAAGGAUUGGACGCAGUAAAGGAUUUGGGUCAGGCUGCUUUGCUGCUCGAAGAAAGCAUCUCCAAUCUCAAGGUUUUGGGAGUUGAUUAUGAUGAACAAAUGCGACGUUUGGAAGCGGAAACAAGACUUCUGGCUCAUCCGCGAGUGGUUCAAGACGCAAAAGGAAAUGCGUUUGCUGAGGAUGAUAGCGGGCGUCUGUUUUAUAUUUCUGGUGCCGUCAACGAGCGAUCUGCAGUUGAUGAUGAGGACAGGCCAAUCAUGACUUCCACUAUCAGACGAGAAAUUCCGGAAAUGGAUGACAUGGAAUUCGAAAAGCUGGAUCGGUUAUCUGGCGGGAAAUUACGUCAUUUUCUGGUCGGCUCCCCUAGCGGGUAUUCUUGGACUGAGCAGACGGAAAAGAUUCUUCAACACGAGAAGAAGCUCCUGGAUAAGAAGGGUGUUCCAGUACAUCCAAAGAUGCUGCCAGCGGAGAAACGGGACAAGAGCGCACCAUUGCUGGAUGAUGAAUGGCAGAGCAUACUUGAGCAAGAAAAACUGAAUUUGGAGAAACAGUCGUUCGAGCCGAUGGGUGAAGAUCGACAUUUAGCGGCCGGCAAGCGCGAAAACUCUGAUCUG